CUUGACGUGCUUUCAUAGGUCGCUGGCGGUUUGUCCCCCAGGUUCCGAUCCCGCACGGUGCCGUGUCACGUCUCGCCGUGCCCUGACGCGCUCCCGUGCAGACGGCGGACUUCCUCCGCGCCUUCGGAGCGCACGGCUGUCUCCGAGAGCCCGACCCGUGCAAUGUGCCCCGUGUGAAGGUGAGAGAGGGCGGGUCGCUGCCUGACACCGCCGCCGUCCGGCCACCGCGGGGUCGCGCUUUGUUCGCAGACAAGAGACCGUCCCGUUCCGUCUCCAAGAAUCUCCAGACACUCUCUCUCUCUCAGAUGGAUCCUUUACGCACGGCCGGUAACUGCGAGGGAGACGCGCGGUGUGCCGAGGAGGAGGAGGAGGAGGAGGAGGAGGAAGAAGUAGACCCAAGAAUUCAGGGGGAGCUGGAGAAGUUGAACCAGUCGACAGAUGACAUCAACCGCUGGGAGAGUGAGCUGGAGGACUGCCGUCAGAGGUUUCGCGCUGUGCUGGUGGAAGCCACGGUGAAGCUGGACGAGCAGGUGAAGAGGAUCGGGCGAGCUGUGGAUGACUCCAAACCAUACUGGGAGGCACGCAAAGUAGCAAGACAGGCCCAGGUCGAAGCCCAGAAGGCCACUCAGGAGUUCCAGCGGGCAGUGGAGAUCCUGCGGGCAGCCAAGGAAACAAUCGCCCUCGCCGAGGAGAGGCUGCUCGAGGAGGAGAGCCGCCAGUUUGACUCCGCCUGGCAGGAAAUGCUCAACCAUGCCACACAGAGGGUGAUGGAGGCCGAGCAAGCGAGAACACGCAGCGAAGCUGAGCACAGGAAAACUGCCGCUAACUACAACUCCUGUAUCAGCCACAUGAGGCAGUUAGAGAAGAAGCUCAAACGCUCCAUCAACAAAUCCAGACCAUAUUUCGAACUGAAAGCCAAGUACUACCUACAGCUCGAGCAACUAAAACGUCACGUUGACGAACACCAGGCCAAACUUGUGGUUGCCAAGGCCGAGUACCGCGCGGCGCUACGCAACCUAGAAAUCAUCUCCGAGGAGAUACAUGCACAGCGACGCUCCCUCGCCAUGGGAACCAGGGAGCAGGGUGUUGGUGCGGAGGGAGACGGAUGCAACGAGGACAUCGCCAACUUCAAGAUGGAGUCAGACGGUCUGUCAAUGGUGUCAGUGUCAAUUGACGAAGAGGGCAGCCACAGUAGCAGCUCAGAGGAGGAGGCCGACACCCGCUCCACCUCCUCACCCCAAGCCAUGCCCUCCUCACCGUCGUCCUCCUCCUCCUCCCAUCCUUCCACCUCUGCCUCUACCACCCUCGACAUGCCCGGUCCCUCUCCUUCCUCCUCCCUCUACACCCCUUGCUCCUACAUCUCCACCUCUCCCCCGUCCUCUGUCCUCUCCUCCUGCUGUCCCGGCGGCCUGGAGUCAGAGAGUCCCAGCAUCUCUCUUGACCCAGACUCGGUGUGCGGCUCUGGGCAUGCCUCGCCUCUCCUGGGCCCUCGCAGCCAGUGCAGUGGAGCUUCCUCUCCAGACUGCGACCAGGAGAGAGGUGACAGAGCGGAGGGUGCAGAGGCCACACUAGAGGCGGGUCUGAGCAAGCUAACAUUGACUGUUGCGCAAAAACAAGGAGACUCUGGGGAUGAACAAGACCCCCAUUACAUUAACCCUGAAAUCACCUCUCCGAGCUCAGCCACUGCCAUUCUGCAUCUCAACAGUGUCUAAUGAGUCUGAUCUGUGGUACCGCAAACACCCAGCAUGCCCAGCUCCGAGACUCUGAAACUGGAGUCACUGGCAGAAGACGUGGAGUGCUCAAGCUGCACAUGCCCAAGUCCGACCAGGCUGAAGUGAUGUCAGAAUAUUCAUCAGAUGGUGUCACAUUAAAGAUGUUGUGUAUUUGACCAUCAGUAUAUCAUUGUUACAGUAAACAAAUUGUGAAACCAUGUGGAUGUAUUAUAAGCAAAUGAGGAUUAGUGGUGGUAUCUAUUGCCAACCGCUGUUAGUGUUAGGGUUAUUCAGUAAACUACAUUUCCCAUAAACCUCUUUGCUUCGUGUUGCAAAACAGAUGUCACUAGCCCAGUUGUUCAGCGUGAAAAACACCACCGCCCUCUUGUUUUGUGCCAUUAAGAGUUUUUUCUCUUGUGAUUUACAGCAGUGUGUCAAAUCUCCUGUCCACAUCACAGAGCCCAUUAUUAACAGUGCAGCUGUAUAGUGACGUGUCAGAGUCAAUGUGAUUAACUUUAAUUGACGUUGAAUUUCUGCACUUGGCAGCACUAAGAGACAUUUUGUAAUAAUAUGAACAGUGAGGCUUUUUUUCGGCUCCAAAUCCCCAAAAAAUGACAAAAAGGAAAAACCAAGUGUUUCAUGUUGGAUUAUGUCUUUCUUUUUUUUCUGCCUUGAUUUUUGAACUCCUGUAACUCCUGUCAGUGUGAGACGUCGGAUGCGGAGACUAUUUAGAAAAAAUCGGUGUCGAGGAAGAAAACUGGAGUGCGAUUAGUACUCUGAGCACUAAAACAAAGAGACUUAACCCGGGACUGAACAUUGUGAGACACAAAUGGUCUUCCAUUGAUAUUUGUGAAUGAGUGAGUAUGAGUUUGUGUUUGUUUGAGUGAAUGAUUUAUUUUUUUUAAAUUGUGUCUUUUGUGUUUUUUGACAUAUGUCCAAAUACUACCCUGUCGUACAGAUAUUCUAUAUUUAUACUCCUGUAUUCUUAGGAACGAUGUUUUGUGGUCACUGUUUGCAUUGUUUAACACAAAAUAAGCAAUAAACAUGUGCGUCAUUUAA